AUGGACUUUCUCCCAGACUCCCUCCUCUCUCUAAUCCAACAACAUCCGACCUUUCAAACCCUCACCUCCACCCCCAUCGCCUCCCACCUCGCCUCCCUCCAUACCACCUACCUAACCCCCUACAUCUCCCACUGCCGCUCCGCCUACCUCGACCCCUACCUCAUCCACCCGCUCGCCUCGCUCCUCACCUCCUCCAUGCCCAUGCCCGACCUCGUCUCCAUCUUCAUCCUCGCCCUCGUCCUCAUCAUCUCCCUCAAGAUCCUCGACUAUGCUCGCCGUCUCGUCAUGUUCUGGGUGAAUCUUGCCCUGAGGUUGCUGUGGUGGGCGCUCGUGCUGGGUGCUUUGUGGUAUGUUUAUUCGGUUGGGAUUGAGAAGACCGGGAGGGAUUUGGGAUGGCUUGUUGGUGUUGCGGGGGGUUUGUGGAUGGGUUUAGGGAUGGGGUGGAGGGCGGGAGGGCUGUUACGGGGUCUGGGGGUGUUGGGGGGUAUGCGACGGGGGUGGGUGGGGGGAGGUAUUAGUUUUGGGUUGUGAGGGGAGAGUGUUAAAAAAGAAUGAGUUGGGGUUGAGUUGGAGUUGGGAACUUGGUAAUAAUCAUGGAUGGGGUUGAUGGUCAUGCUAGAUGGGAUUGCAUUGGAAGAUGAAGAAGGGUGGAAUAAGGAAAUAGAAUGACACCGCAGUCGAGCCGCGGUCCGAGACCGGCCUGGACUGAGCUGGGCUACUUAUUACGAAUAAACGAUUGCAUGCUGCAUGGAAUGGAUUACAUGGCUGGUUUUGGUUCGAUUGAAUGUGAAUUGAGUUCAGUUCAGUUGCCUUGAAUUGAGCGGUGUAGAGGUAUAGAUAUGUGGUGGUGCUAUGGUAUGCUAAGCCAUGUAUACUGCAAGGAUUGAG